AUGACUUCUCGAAAAUGGAAAGAUGAACUCGUUCCCAACAUUGUUGACCAUCUAGCUGAAAUUGAUCCAGAGGCUUUGUAUGCGGAGUAUCCAGUUUCUACUUUGACGUACGAUUAUGGCUAUCGCAAGAUCACCUAUGGUGAUUUUGCAAGCGCUGUCGACUGUAUUGCUUGGUGGAUGCACGAAACCUUGGGUCCUGCCAAAGACUUCGAGGUUCUAGCCUAUAUCGGACCUAAUGAUCUGAGAUAUCCAGCACUGAUAUUGGGUGCCAUAAAAGCUGGCUACUUGAUAUUUCUCACCUCCCCCAGAAACAGCGUCGAAGCUCAAACAAACCUGCUUGAUCGCCUGAAAUGUAGAACUGUUCUAUCACCGACUCCUCGUCCUCCUCAAAUCACUGAGAUCCUCGAAGCUAAUUCUCAUCUUCGCGUCGUUGAGGUUCCGAGCGUUGAAGAUAUUCUGAAAAAUAAGAGGAGACGUUUUCCGUUCUAUAAAACUUUCUCUAAAGCUAAUCAAGAGCCCUUCGUCGUUGUGCAUACUUCUGGCUCGACUGGAUUUCCAAAGCCUAUGAUCUGGACUCAUGAAACUGCUCAAAGAAACAUCGUAUUGAUGGCGCUGGACCCUCCAGCUGGCUAUGAGAGCCAACAUCGAAUGUAUGAGGGAAAAAGAGUAUUUUUAACCUUUCCACCAUUUCACGGUGCAUACCUUUGUUGUCAUUUGUUCAAUGCUGUGCCAUUUGGUACAGUGAUGAUUAGCCCUACUUCCGGAGCAAUACCAUCCGCGAAAGGACUUGUGGAUGGAUUGAAGAAAACACCAGCAGAUAUCGCAUUCAUAGUACCAUCUAUUGUGAACGAGUUGAGCCAAAGCCCAGAUCUCCUCGAUUAUUGCGCUGAGCAUCUGGAAAUGAUAAUUUACUGUGGAGGAGACUUACCACAAGCCAUCGGUGAUAUAGUUGCAUCUAAGAUCAGACUGGUAAAUCAAUUUGGAGCUACGGAACUCGGCUUAUCAAACCUGAUCCAUAGGAAUGGCAACUUCGACCGAGGAGACUGGAAGUACGUCGAGUUUCACCCAGACAUAGGUGCCGAACUCAGACCAAUAAUAGACAAUACCCAUGAGUUGACUAUGCUUUCUGACCCCGAACUGUCAAAGCAGCAACCUACCUUUACGAUGUUUCCCCAAGCAACGGAAUAUGCCAGUCGUGAUCUCUUUACCCCCCAUCCUAACAAGCGAAACUUAUGGAAAUGGCAUGCAAGAGCCGACGAUAUUAUUGUAUUCUUAAAUGGCGAGAAGACUAAUCCUAUAUCAAUGGAGCAGCACAUUGUAGCUCGCAAUCCAGAAGUUCAAGCGGCUUUGGUUAUGGGCGCACAACGUUUUCAAGCAUCGCUUUUGAUAGAUCCUGUGAAUAGAGAUAUCGAUAUCUCAACAACAAAGCGCGCAGCGCUGCUAGAAAAGAUCUGGCCCUCAGUGGAAGAAGCCAAUCAAACAUGCCCAGCUCAUGCAAAGGUUGCCAAGACACACAUUUUCUUCACAAACCCAACCAAACGUAUGUUGAUUGCGGGAAAAGGCACGGUUCAACGAGCAGGAACUUUACAACUCUACCGGGAAGAACUCGAUGCUUUGUAUGCAGACGCAGAUAGCAUGACAGCAGAGAUAGACGGCGAAAUCUUCUCUAACAUCGACAUUAGUGAUUUACCAGCGGUUUCCGAGUUCAUGGGAGACGCUGUGAUGAACAUUACUUCUUGGCCUGAUCUAGAUGUGAAUGAGGACUUUUUCGCUCGCGGAAUGGACUCUCUGCAGGCUCUCACAGUUGUGAGAAAGCUUCGUCAAGGCCUUGGCAUUACAUCAAUUGCUUCAAGUACACUUUAUACCAAUCCAUCAAUUGCUCAAUUAGCAAGCGCUGUCGUGAAGAUUUCCAAAGACGAGAAAUCUAUACAUGGUCAACAGAUGACAGGCCAAUUGAGAGACGGUAUGCUAGAGGAGUUUCGAAGCCGUAUUGAUUCACUUAUAUUACCUCCGCCAACUUCCCACAAGAAAGUUGACACAAAUCAUGAAAUUGUCGUCUUGACUGGGUCUACAGGUACGCUUGGUUCCCAUAUUCUAGGGAGUCUUCUCUUAAAUCCACGAGUCGCUCAUAUAUACUGUUUGAACCGGUCAUCAUCAGGUAAAAGUCUCCGAGAGUCUCGGAGCCAAUUCGCAUACACUGCCGAUACUCGAGUCACAUUUCUCACAAUAGAUCUCUCGAAGCCGCAGCUUGGACUUCGUUCAGAAGACUAUUCCAACUUACUACAAGCAACUCGCAUCAUUCACAAUGCCUGGCCUGUCAAUUUUAAUCUAUCCUUGUCUUCUUUCCGUCCUAGCAUUGAAGGUCUGAUCAAUCUUAUUACACUCGCAGUGUCGAGCGUAGGAGGGAGGUUAUCUUUUAUAUCUUCAAUUAGUUCCGUCAUGGGAUACAGAACUUCGUCUGGUGCUACACCCGAAAAUAUAAUUCAGCCAUCGACCGACCCAAGUAAAUUCAUCGUAGCACCAAAUGGCUAUGCGGAAAGCAAGUACAUCUCGGAACUUCUUAUCUCUUAUGCAUCAGAGAAAUGUUCAUCUUAUGGGUAUGAAUUCUCCCUCGCAAGAGUCGGUCAGAUAGCCGGCCCGGUAAGAGCUAAAGGGAUGUGGAACAAGACUGAAUGGUUUCCAAGUCUCAUUCUUAGUUCUAUACAUGUAGGUUGUAUUCCCAGCUCUCUGGGUUCGAGCCUUGGUAGAAUCGACUGGGUACCGGUAGAUUUACUUGCAGAUAUCAUCGCAGACUUGGCUUUGGCCAAUAAUGUCCAAAAUAAGGGAAGACCGGUUCAGGUUUUCCAUCCUUUGAAUCCCAAUCCCAAAACUUGGGAAGAUGUAAGAGAGGAACUGGUAAUGGACUUAAGUUCUAUUUCUGGCAAAUUGAUAGACGUCGUUCCACUCGAUGUCUGGAUCGCGAAAGUUAGGCAAGAUGUAGAGCUCAAAGCGGGAGCUGGGACCAUAUUGAAGGACGGAGAAUUAGAUGUGAUCUUGAAGAAGAACCCCGCAGCCAAACUUUUAGAGUUUUACGAAGAUGUGCUUGGAGGUGGCGAGGAAAGUAAUUACUUAGAGACGCAAGAGACUCAAAAGGCAAGUAAGACUUUAAAAGAUUUAGAGGGUGUGAAAAGGGAGUGGAUUGCUAAGUGGAUUUCUGAGUGGGUGGGUGUUUGA